UGCUGCGAGGAUGGAUGCCCAGGGAGCGGCCUCGUUCCUUCCGCGGCGGGGACGCGGCGCCUCUGCCUGAGGGCUCCCGCGGCGCGGGCGCGGUGGCGCUGGGAUGGUCCCAGUGACCUCAGCUCCCGGCUGAGGCACGACACGGGCUCGCUCCCAAUGCGCCUGCCGGCCCUGCCGGCACAGCUGAGCGGCUGCGAACCCCAGGGAAGGGGCGGUGGGGGCAGUGAGCAUUAAGCCCACAGUCGUUUCCUCAGAAAGCCUGAGCUCGUUUCCAUACCACUAAGGAUUAGGUCACCAGGCUUGGAGAGCAGCGAUACAGCAGGAUUCUCAAGCCAUCUGUUUGAAAAAGAAAUUUCUUGGGUGACUUGAACGGCAGCCAGCCCGGUUAUUGCUGCUCGACUCCUCUGGUGCAGCCCCUGCCCGUGCCCACGCCCAGCCCGGCCUGGAACCUCGCAUUGUCCAGCUGCAACUCUGGAAAACCUGCAGGUCAUCCCGGGGAUAGAUACCUCACACACACAGAAGGGUGACAAAACACAGAAGAACCUCAGGAUGUCUGUAAUUCAGCAAGGGACGGCAACACUUCGUAAAGCAAAGAAAAUCACUGUAAAAACAUGUCUAGAUAACCCCUUUGUUUUUCAGUGGAAAACCAUAGAUGGAAAAGAUAUGCAUUUUAUACUACAGACCUUAGAAGAAAGGAUUAAACGUGUUGGACUUAAAAAGAUUGAGAGUCCAAGAAAGAAAAAACGUUCCCUUACAAAAAAACAAAUGGAAAGAAAGUGCGAUGCUAGCACCAACGAACUCCCUAAAGAGGAGGAAACAGAAAGCCAUCAACAAAAACCAGGGUGGACUGACAUAAGUAUCAGAAGACAGCUUGCUAUUGGAGUUAAUGAAGUUACAAAAGCAUUGGAAAGAAAUGAACUGCUUCUCUUGCUGGUGUGCAAGUCUGCAAAGCCUGCCAUGAUCACAUCACAUCUCAUUGAGCUGAGCGCAAGUCGAGCCACACCCGCAGGCCAAGUGCCCCGGCUCAGUGAAACAGUCGCGCCACUUCUUGGCUUAACAUCCAUUUUAGCACUAGGCUUCAAAAAGCAGUCUGAUAAAUUUACUGAAACAAUAGAAGCAAUAAUUCCAAAGAUACCAGCACUGGAAGUGCCGUGGUUUCAGUACAGAACUGAAGAAUCUGUGGCUUAUGCAGAUACAGAUUCUUCAGAAAACGAGGAACCUGACGAGCUUGCAGAGGCACUGGGGGAUGAGCUCACAAGCCAGAAGCGGAAGCGUACAGAAAGCAAUCAGCCUGAUCUUUCAAAUGUAAUUUUGCAGCCUUUGAAAAUCAAGAAACUUGUCCCAAACCCCAAUAAGAUAAAGAAACCACCUCGCAAAAAGAAAAAAGCUUUUUCAGCAUAACUGAUUAUAGUUUGGUUCUAUUAAACUGAUUUUUUACAUGCAGAAUGGAGCACAGUCCUAACUGAACAAUCUUUUUAGGCUUUACAGUGUAAAGCUUUUGAAUACAAGGUGAAUUUUAUGUUGCAUUCGGUUGAGGUACUUUCUGCUUUAAUAAAGAAUAUUGCUCAGACUUAAGUGUCAGUCUGUACCUGGGGGUAACUAUUUCAUUUGUAGCUGGAGAUCAGAUAUUAAAGUUGGCAAUGAACAUAGCUAAGUAAUUUUAAGAGAUAAUUAAUACAUCUCUGGAAUUAAUGCAAAGCAUUAAAUGAACUUUGUAUCUUUACACAGAUGAGCAUGCUUUAAGCAAAACAGAUUUAAGUAUAAUUACUCAAACAAAUCAAUACCAAAAGUGAAAGUUUAUUUAAACAAAGGUCCAUGCCAGUAUAAGUCUUUUAAAGCUGGUUUCAAGUAAACAGCUGUAACAGCACAGGCAGACUUCCCUUUUGAACUCUAUUAUAGUUUUUUCUGCUGAACAAUAAACUUGUUUUGGUCACAAAUG